AAUGGCUUACGAUUCGUACAUGGGCUAUCGCCUUCGCUAGACGUACUCUAAUAUUUAGUUUUUCAAUUUUGUGUUCCAGUUUUGUUGGUUUCAAACUAUCGCCGGACUACUGAAACGAAUGAACCUUCAAGAGUGCUUUGACCAAUCGCCCAUAUCAUUGUUCUUUUGUUUCCUUAUAAGUGCGAAAGUUUUCGUGGAAGUGAAGUGUUUUAUUCCAAAUAUUCAAUUGGAUAUGUUCUUAAAUUACCAAAUAAAUUAAUUUCAAUGUGGACAUAAUUUGGGAUUACCUAUUCAACCUCCUUUUUUUGGAUUUCAAAAAAUACUAAUACCUAGUUUAAAGGUCUAGCAAGGCAAGUUUAACAACUUCUUCAACAACAAAAGAGAAAAAUGUCAUUAAAGUUUUGCUUGUUUCUUGUGCUGGUGAUAUCAGUGACAUCGAACAACAUCGACGAUAAACACGAAACCAAAGUGAAAACUCGUGCGAAACGUGGAGCAUUUUUGGAUUUUUUCCAGAAAAUAGCAAUUACCACAAAUCUUGCUGUUGACCAAUAUACGGAUACGAAAAAUACGUUAACCGAUAUAUAUGACUUGAUAUCGGAUACCUUUACGGAUUCAAAGCCUAAACAAACUCGAACGACUACAACAACCACAACUCCAAGUCCGGAUGAAGAUGGCGAUGCAACGACAACAGAAAAGUAUCGUAUAUCCCGCUACGAGUUAGGACGAAUCCUCGGACGUAACUUCCGUGGCUUGAACCGUCUUCUCAAAAUUGAAAUUAACGAUGCACUUAAUCAAAGUCAUUACAAUAUUGCAGAAUACCAGCGGGAGGCGAAAAUGCAAUUUUCCAACAGCAUAAUUGCUGAGAAGAAAGCAGCCUUAAAGGGAAUCCCUAUAACGAGAAAUAAUACGACUUCAACUACAAAUUCAACUUCAAACGCAGCAACGACGACGUAGCGCUGCGUUUCUGAAAUGAUUGGAUGUUAAAUCUUCUUUAAAAAUAAACUUACAACACACAAGAAGUCGUAGAUGCCAAAAGAGGAAGCGACAAAAUCACUAAACUGCCAAUAUUAGCUAUAUUAAGUUUUGUUUUGAUGUGAUGUACGAUUUUGAAAAAUCAAAACUUUUCGUAUGUACGAUAGGGUGGGGUUUUAAGGGGUUAAAUGGGGGUAUUUAUUAUUUUUGAAAUGCAAGUCCUAUCAACUUAUUAAGGAAUUGUAUACAGGAAAAGAGUGUUUUUACCUAGACGUUAAGGAAUUUCUAAGUAUCAAGAGGGCAACUAUAAAGAAAGUUAUAUUAAGUUUAUUUAUUAAGUUUUUUUAUUUAAAUUUAAUUUUAUUUGAUGAAUUAAAUUAUUCUUUUUUAUUUUUGUAAAUAAUGUAAAAUAAAAACACGUAAUAGUUUAAA